AUGAAGUUGAACGGAGGAAAUUUUCAAUUGGCUAUGCAUGAAGAGUCAUCGAGUCGUCGCAAGGUUGACGAUGAUGUGCAUGACGGUGCUAUCCCUGCAUAUCUGAUGGACCGUGAAACGACCACAAGAGCUAAGAUUCUUAGCAACACAAUAAAGCAAAAGCGGAAAGAGAAAGCUGGAAAAUGGGAGGUGCCUCUGCCUAAGGUUAGGCCUGUGGCUGAGGAUGAGAUGUUCAGAGUGAUAAGAUCUGGCAAAAGGAAGAGUUUUUGGCCAUGUCCAGCAAAGCAGUGGAAGAGAAUGGUUACAAAAGCCACCUUUGUCGGGGCAGGGUUUACCAGGAAACCUCCAAA